GGGGACCAAGUCAGAUUGAAGGGAAGAAAAGAAAAAGAAAAAAUUGACGGCAUGAGAAACGCUGUUAGAUGCUGCAUCUCUUGCAUCCUCCCAUGCGGAGUCCUGGACGUGAUUCGGAUAGUCCACACAAACGGCCGAGUCGAGGAGAUUAACGGCGACGUCACGGCGGCGGAGGUCAUGAAACUGCACCCCAAACACGUCCUUAAGCAGCCCUCCCCUCGCUCCCCGGACGACCCCUGCCGCAAGGUUGUCGUCGUCCCGCCGGAAGCCGCCCUCCAGCGCGGCAAGAUCUACUUCCUCGUGCCGGCGCUUUCUCCGUCGGGAAAGCCCGCCUCUAGAUCCUCCACCAUGACGAGAAAGAAGCGGGUGUUCCCGGCGGAGAGGCGGAGCAAGGCUGCUAGUGACGCCGCGUCGGAUCAGUACUUGAGCGAGAUCCUGUCGGAGAAGAUCUCCACGGCGGCGCCGGGAGAUCGCCGGCGAGGCCGUGUGGGAAUUUGGAGACCUCAUCUAGAGAGCAUUUCUGAGACUCCAAGUGAAGCUUAGUAUCCAUUCCGUUUUGAGUUUUUUCUAUGUGUGUGGUUAAUUGGUUUGUUUAAUUAUUGUACAUUCAUUUUCGGGAACAUCGUCCAAUUGAUUAGGAAUUUAAGAAGAUCAAGUUUCAACUUAUUAUCCUUUCAAAAAAAAUCAACUUCUUAUCUUGGA